UAUAUAAAAAUUCAUUCGGGCUAAACGACCAUAUUCGCUACAUGCACAGUGGAAAGAGUAAACUUUUCUGUGCAAUUUGCCCUGGAGAAUUUACCACGGCUUCGGGUUUACGAAAACAUAUAGAAAGAUUUCACACGGGAAUUGAACGAGCCCGCCUUCCUUGCGGCUUUCCAGGGUGUGAGAAAACCUAUUUGAACAAGAACCAUCUGGUGACACAUUUUAACGUGGAGCACGCCGAGAAUCCUGUGCGGUAUGGAUGCACCCUGUGUAGCAAGGAGUUUAAGCGGAAGGAACAUCUGGAACGCCAUACAGCCGCACAUACGACAGAAAAGCCGUACAAGUGUCAAACUUGUGGGGCAGGAUUUGGACAACACAGUUCAUUAAAGAAGCAUGAGCUAAUUCACCUUGACAAAUCUGCUCGACACGUCCUCAAAUGUGGCUUGUGGUACAGGCUGACCCAACUGUGCAAACCCGUUUCGCGUCGAUUUCACCGAAUUUGAUAAGAAAAUUUGCAAGUUGAAUUC